GAACCGCGCGCGUACGCGAUUCCUUUUGUCAAAUCGUGAUCGGGUUCGUGAUCGGUACGCCUGUCAAUAAGCGGCAAAAGCGAUUGGGAGUGCCGUUUCGGUUCUGCCUGCCAGUCGCAUUCGGCAAUUAAACCUCGAAACGCUGUACGAUCGAUCGCUCUAGUGUCACACGUCUCUCAUUAGGGGCUUUGUCCGUGUCCGCGAUAGACCUUUUUUUUUUGUUUUCUCCAUUGCGCGUUGUUUAAUUGAGCUGGGAAAAGGGGGCCAGUUUGUGGGGCGGAGGGGGUUUAGAAUGUUUCGCCCUGCGCGGGGGUCAUUGCAGUGCAACUAGGCGAGUGUGCACGUGUGCGUGUGUGUGUGACCUUAACUCUAUUGCUCACGGUGUGCGGAUCAUCGGGGUUGUGUAACCAACGAGUGUGCUUGUUGCGUAAUCAAAUUUGGUGAAAAACAACCCUCCCCUUCGCCCCUAGUUUUCCCUUAACGAUUUUAAAACGCUUAACGCUUGAGAAGGGAGAAAAAAGAAGAAAAAAACGUACAACCAUGGGUGUGAUGCUGUCGGUUCUAGUGGCCGGAGUCGGUGCGAUGGAUCUCAUCUACUGUCUGGCGUACGUGUCGGGCAGCGAGCAGCCCUCGAACGCGAUCGAGGAUGUGCCCGACAAGCAGCAGCACGAGCUGCAACAGCAGCAGCAGCAGCAGCAGCCUGACGCCAAGGUCGAGCAGCUCGAGCAGUACAAGGAAACGGUACGGCAGCAGAUCAAAGCGGCACCACCGCGCAGUACGGUCGAGGGUGUGACGUACGCGCAGGAUGGCGUACCGUACAAGGACGGCUACCGGCUGGAGCCGAGCGUCGAAGGGGCCGCCCAGCUGGACGUGCUGAUCGAGAAGCUGCGCAUACUGGAGCGCCAGAGCCAGGAGAAGGAGCAGCAGCUGGAGCAGAUGAGCGUGCAGAUGAGCGAGCUGGAGCGAAGUACGGCCGAGCAGAGCCUCAUCAUCGAGGAGCUUCGGUCGCGCUCGACCAGCCGCGCACACAGUGUGGAACCGUUGGGAGCGUACCGCAACAAUCUGUCGCCUGCCGACGCCGUACCGCAAAUUGUACUAAACGAACCACACGACAGUGGUGGUGGUGGCGCGGACGAGCCACGCCCAAGCUCGAGCAAGUUCCGGCCGAUACGGCGCGACGACGGGUUGCGCCGGUCGGUGAAGCGUCGCUCGGUCACGUCCGUCACCUCGCUCGAGGACCGGACGGACGAGCUGGAGCGGCUAAGCCAGCUGGAGGACGAGGAGUGCGCCCGGAUGGACGAUUACAUCCCGAUCGUGUACAGCCGGGACGAGCUGCAGGACCCGAUGAACCGUCGGCACAACAUCAGCCCGAUCCCGGAGAGCUGCCAUCACCACGAGGACGACGAGCGGCAGUGGGUGCCGGAACGUUCGCCCGAGCCAACGCUGGCGGCGAACACUACCCGCCCCUGGGGCGACAUCAAGCUGGACGAGAUGAAGGAGAAGGCCGUCCUGCGCCCGUCCCGCUCGAUGUCGAUCGAGGAGGAGGAGCUGGAGCCGCCGGCCGUGGCUCAGCAGCUGCACGUGAGCGAAUCGGCUCCCUCGAACCUGAGCUCCCAUUCCAACUCACCCGACCGGGAGGAGCGGCGCGGUUCGGGCCGAGUUGAGCCGAUGCUACGCCGCACCACGAAGGAAGCCGAUCUGACGAGCUUGUUGCAGGAGCAGCAGAAGGAGCAGCAGCAGCAGGGAGGUGGAGGAGCGUCCCAGAGUCAGGCAAGUAGUAGUAGCCGUCCUCCGUGGACGACCGAAAUCAUUGUGCCGGAGGACGACGCGGUGGUGGACGACUAUGACUCCGAUGGCGGCGGGGGCACUGCGACAGCCACCCGCCGCCGUCCCAUCCCCCAGUUCAUGCAAUCCAAAUCCCCCUCGCCGUAUGCGGACGGUGCGAGCGUCCACGGGUACGAGCGGCCGCCGCUCGCCGACAUCUCGAACCGGCUGGUGCCGCUCGUACCACCGCCCUACCCUUCCCGACCCCGUUCCCCGACACCGUACGACGAGCCGGCCGGCUCCUCCCGCGAAUCAACUCCCAGCAGCGGCUCCUCCUCUUCCUCCUCCACUUCCUCCUCCUCCUCCUUCCAUCGCGCUUCCCUGGAAAAGAUCUCGAAUGGUUUCGUUUCACGCGCUCGCUCCAUCUCACCGCAUCGGGCGGCCGGCCGGGAGGGGCGCCGGUCCGUCUCAUCCUCCCGCUCACCAUCACCGACGCGCGCUGGAGAUCUCCGACUCGGCAGCAGCAACGCGCCGUCGGCUCGUGCAGUCACUCCGGCGGAUGGCAACGACGUUGGUGGUGGUGCUGGUCGGCUGCUUUCACCGCUGGCCGCCGCGCUCGUCGAUGCGGAUGCGGGCGCGGAAGGCGACACCGAGGGCGAGAACGGUGAGCAGCAGUUGCUGUCGGUGGCGCCGAGACGGCGGGGCUCCGGACGGUCCAAAGCGUCGGCGUCGCCGGGUUCGUCGCCUGCGCCACCAGGGCGCCGGUACAAGGAGCGCAAGCGGGUCGCCCGCAGCCUCACACCGAUCGACUACGAUCAGACGUUCAUGGACAGCUUCACCGAGCAGCACCUGUCGGUGACGCCGUCCGAGCUGGAGGACUACAUCAACAGCAUGGACGCGAUCAGCUUCGAGCCGCCGCCGCUCGUGAAGCCGGCCUAUCUCUAUCCCGCCGCGCUGCCCAGCCUCGUGCUGACGGACGAGCAAGGGACCGAUGCGCAGUUUCACGACGAAAUGUCCGCCAAAUCGUUCUACGGCCAGAGCCACGCGCACGAGGGCGUCACGCUGAACCAUCGCGUCAGCUACUGCGAGUGGAUCAAAAAGUUCCCCGACAACCAGACGAGCCACCUGGCGCUGGAGGACUUUGACAGCGACGACGAGGAGGUGGAACAGAUUUGCCGCCAGGCGGUGGAGGUGGAGGCCCUCUUUCCCGCCGCUCUGCCCCAGUCGGCCGGCAACACACCGCAACCUUCGAAGCCCUUGACACCGGCCACAACGACAGCGCCGGCGCAACCAGGCGACGAACGCAACGAGUUUCCCGUGCAUCGGACGCCGGCCUACGCUACGCCCUCGCCGGUGUCGCUCGUUUCGGACCUUUCGGAUCUUUCUUCCCCAUCCUCGCAACCUCCCUCACCCUCUCUCUCGCUGGCCACCCAACCCUCCCCGACCGUUUCCUCCUCGCUCGCGCUCGGUUCACCGCUGCUCAACAGCUACCACAAUCACAACGCACCUAAGCACCAUUUCACACCGAUUCCCUCCGAUUCGCACGACACGCACGACAGUAGCUCACCGCUUUCCUCCUCACUACACUCGCCGCAGUCGCCGGCAGCACCACCAUCACCACAGCACCACACUACUACCGCACCGCUACGGCCGAGCCUCACCGUGCCGGUCGUACCGUCCCGGACGCCGUCGGUCUCACCACUGCCGCUGGACGCAUCGCCCGAGGAGCUGGUGUUCGAGAUCGGCCAUCUCGAUGGGCUGAUAUUCGAGGCGAAGAGCCGCGAACCGACGCCGUCCCGUGCGCCGAGCCGCAGCGAGCCGCUCCUCCGCCCGGACGAGCUUGCGUUCGACAUUGGCAACAUGGGGGGCCUUAUUUUGGGACCGCCGAGUCGCAGCGUCUCGCCCGCGCCACCCACCCCGCACCCAUCGUUAGAGUCGUCGGGUGGCGCUUCCUUAUCUCCGCUCUCGUGGGAGUCAGCGGCGGGCAGUGCGGCGGCACACAACGAACACACGAAACAGCCACAGUAACGAAUAACGAUGAAACACAAGGAAGAUACACAAACACACACACAUCAACAGCCAAGACGGAACCGGAAAAAAACCACCAAAACAACACACCUUCUUGUUGGAGAAAACGAGAUAACGAAAAACGGAACAAAUGUCCUUAAAGAACCCAACAAUCGCCCAGCCAGAAAACACUUGUUGCACAAAACCCACCCGCUUCCCCCUCGAUCGAGCAUCCGGCGUUGUUUUUUUUGACUUGUAGUUGUUGGUUGUGUGUACUUCUUUUCUUUUUUUUUUGUACAAUAAAAUUGAACUAUUACGAAAGAAAGAGCGCCCCUUUCGAAACUAA